UCCCGGGAGGAUGGGGUGCCAGUUGCAGGAGGAACUGGGAAGGCUCCGAGAGAGAUUGUGAGAACAGUAAGUGUGGCUCACAGAAGAGCAUUUUUAAAGAAAUACAAUCAUUGGGGGUGAUACCAGAUUUAUAAUGGAGGUUCCCCCAGCAACCAAGUUUGGUGAGACCUUUGUGUUUGAGGACAGGUUAGAGACACAGCAAGAACUGUUCCCAGGGGAGGACCUGGGGGACCCUUUUCUUCAGGAAAGAGGCUUGGAACAAAUGGCUGUUAUCUACAAGGAGAUUCCUCUUGGGGAACAGGAUGAGGAACAUGAUGAUUAUGAGGGGAAUUUCAGUCUGUGCUCAAGCCCCGUUCAGCAUCAGAGUAUCCCCCCAGGAAGCAGACCCCAGGAUGAUGAGGUAUUUGGCCAAACCUUCCUCCAGAAAUCUGACCUAAGUGUGUGUCAGAUAAUCCAUGGUGGAGAAGAGUCCUGUACAAGAGAUUGUGAGGAAACAGACAGAGGGGACUUGGGACCUAACACACCUCACAGAACCCCACCACCAGCCAAACCCUACGCGUGUCGCGAGUGUGGGAAGGCCUUCAGCCAGAGCUCCCACCUUCUACGGCACCUGGUGAUCCACACCGGGGAGAAGCCCUACGAGUGCUGCGAGUGUGGGAAGGCCUUCAGCCAGAGCUCGCACCUUCUCAGACACCAGAUCAUCCACACUGGGGAGAAGCCCUACGAGUGCCGGGAGUGCGGGAAGGCCUUCCGCCAGAGCUCAGCCCUCACGCAGCACCAGAAAAUCCACAGUGGGAAGAGGCCCUACGAGUGCAGAGAGUGCGGGAAGGACUUCAGCCGGAGCUCCAGUCUCAGAAAACACGAGAGGAUUCAUACAGGAGAGAGACCUUACCAGUGUAAGGAGUGUGGGAAAUCCUUCAACCAGAGUUCAGGCCUGAGCCAGCAUCGGAAAAUCCACACCCUAAAGAAACCUCACGCGUGCGAUCUCUGUGGGAAAGCCUUUUGUCACAGGUCACACCUCAUCCGACACCAGCGGAUUCACACCGGGAAGAAGCCUUACAAAUGUGAAGAGUGUGGCAAGGCCUUCAGCCAGAGCUCCAAUCUCAUCGAGCACCGGAAAACCCACACUGGCGAGAAACCCUACAAAUGCCACAAGUGUGGCAAGGCCUUCAGCCAGAGCUCCUCACUUAUCGAGCACCAGCGGAUCCACACCGGGGAGAAGCCCUACGAGUGCUGUCAGUGUGGCAAGGCCUUCUGCCACAGCUCGGCGCUGAUCCAGCACCAGCGGAUCCACACCGGCAGGAAGCCCUAUGCCUGCGAGUGUGGCAAGGCCUUCCGACACAGGUCGGCCCUCAUCGAGCAUUACAAAACACACACGAGAGAGAAGCCCUAUGUGUGUAAUCUGUGCGGCAAGUCCUUCCGGGGGAGCUCGCACCUGAUUCGGCAUCAGAAAAUUCACACUGGGGAGAAGCUGUAGAAGGAGGAGCCUGCACCAAAGCUUGGAAGCCUUUGCCAGAUGGGGAGGCGAGCUAGAAGAGAGAACUGGCUUUCAGUCUUCUCAUUCCCAUGUUUGACUCC